CAGCAACCUUGGAAAGGCGAUGGACCAAUGAGUGCAAGCAAGUUUGGCCUCCCCUCAUUUCCUUCAUAAAAUCAGCUCAUCUGUGUGACCUCUCAACGUCUCGUCUCUUCUACAUUCUACUCCACACUUCAAACAAUCAAUUCUUUCCUACGAACGAAAACACUUCACCGAUACAAUCAACAUCGCAAAGAAGAUACUACUUCACAUCAACACAAUGGCUCAACCAAAGUCUAGAGUUCCUCUCAUGGUCACCCUCGCUGCCGCUGGUGGUGUUGGUUACUAUCUGUAUACUGCGGGUGGAAGCCCAAAGGUUGCUGAGAAGCAAUUUGAGAGUAUGUUCCCUUCAAUUAUGUCCCUCUCUACUCUUUUCUUUGGGAUCGUUCCUCAAAUCCCCUUUAUCUUGUCAUUGUGCUAACAACAACCUCAAGGUGACAUCUCCAAGGCCUCAGCCAAGCUCAAGUCCGAGAUGCCAGGCCGAACAAACCAAGCCCAGAAGGAAACAGAGAAGUGGGGAAGCGAGGCCGGUGCAAAAGUUGAUUCUCUGGUUAGUUCAUCCCUGAUAUCUUUUCUAAUGAGAUAUCAGCAUCACCAUCAAACCAUUUCUCUCCAUACAUUUACUAACACCCCUCCCCAGGUUGAGAAAGCCAAGGCUGAAGCUGCCCGCGCCGAAUCAGCAACAAUGAAGAAGAUCGACGAGGUCGACCGCAAAGUCGAGGCCCAAGCCGCAAAGGCAAAGUCGUCGUGGUUCAGUGGAAAGUAAAACACUCCACCAAUCUACUCAGAUUGGGAGGGGAAUAAGGGGAGUAAUGGACGGAAUGAUACCUAUUGGGCUGGCGUGAUGGGACAACAGAACGACCUGGAUGACGGAAAACGAUGCAUGGGAUUGGGUGGUUGGUUGGUU